AUGUUUGAUAUAAUCCUGCUCAUAUUAAAUCCUCAGUAUAUGCUGGCAAUGAUUUUUGUUCUCAUUACUACUAUUAAAAGUGCUACUGUAUCUUAUAUACAAUCUGGUUUUCUUUCAGUGGAUGGAUGCAUUGACUGGUCAGUGGAUCUCAAGACAUAUAUGGCUUUGGCAGGUGAACCAGUUCGAGUGAAAUGUGCCCUUUUCUACAGUUAUAUUCGUACCAACUAUAGCAUGGCCCAGAGCACUGGGCUCAGGCUUAUGUGGUAUAAAAACAAAGGUGAUCUGGAAGAGCCCAUCAUCUUUUCAGAGGUCAGGAUGAGCAAAGAGGAAGAUUCAAUAUGGUUUCAUUCAGCUGAGGCACACGACAGUGGAUUCUACACUUGUGUUUUAAGAAACUCAACAUAUUGCAUGAAGGUGUCAAUGUCCUUGACUGUUGCAGAGAAUGAAUCAGGCCUGUGCUACAACAGCAGGAUUCGCUAUCUGGAAAAAUCAGAAGUCACUAAGAGAAAGGAGAUUUCCUGCCCAGACAUGGAUGACUUUAAAAAGGCUGAUCAGGAACCUGAUGUUGUGUGGUACAAGGAAUGUAAACCAAAAAUGUGGAGAAGCAUAAUAAUACAGAAAGGAAAUGCUCUUCUAAUCCAGGAUGUUCAAGAGGAAGAUGGAGGAAAUUACACUUGUGAACUUAAGUAUGAAGGAAAAGUUGUAAGACGAACAACUGAACUGAAAGUUACAGCUUUACUCACAGACAAGCCUCCCAUGCCAUUGUUCCCCAUGGAGAACCAGCCAAGUGUUAUAGAUGUCCAGCUGGGUAAGCCUCUGAACAUUCCUUGCAAAGCAUUUUUUGGAUUCAGUGGAGAGUCCGGACCAAUGAUCUACUGGAUGAAAGGAGAGAAGUUUAUUGAAGAGCUGGCAGGUCACAUUAAAGAAGGUGAAAUAAGGCUCCUCAAAGAGCAUCUUGGAGAAAAAGAAGUUGAAUUGACACUCAUCUUUGAUUCAGUGUUGGAAGCUGACCUGGCAAAUUAUACCUGCCAUGUAGAAAACCGAAAUGGACGGAAACAUGCUAGUGUUCUGCUGCGUAAAAAGAAUUUAAUCUACAAAAUUGAGCUGGCAGGAGGUCUGGGAGCAAUAUUCCUUCUCCUGGUACUACUCAUGGUCAUCUACAAAUGCUACAACAUUGAAUUGUUGCUUUUCUACAGACAGCAUUUUGGAGGGGAUGAAACUGAUGAUGACAACAAAGAAUACGAUGCCUAUCUCUCCUAUACGAAAGUGGACCAAGAUACUUUAGACUGUGACAAUCCUGAAGAAGAGCAAUUCGCUCUUGAAAUACUGCCAGGUGUCCUGGAAAAGCAUUAUGGAUAUAAACUUUUCAUUCCAGAAAGGGACUUGAUCCCAAGUGGAACAUACAUUGAAGAUCUCACCAGAUGUGUUGAGCAAAGCAGAAGACUUAUUAUCGUGCUAACUCCAGACUAUAUACUCAGACGAGGAUGGAGUAUUUUCGAAUUGGAAAGCAGACUCCAUAACAUGCUAGUCAGUGGAGAAAUCAAAGUGAUUUUGAUUGAGUGUACAGAAUUAAAAGGAAAGGUGAAUUGCCGGGAAGUGGAAUCACUAAAGCGCAGCAUCAAACUUCUGUCCCUGAUCAAGUGGAAGGGACCUAAAAGCAGCAAAUUAAAUUCUAAAUUUUGGAAGCAUUUAGUAUAUGAAAUGCCCAUCAAGAAAAAAGAAAUGCUUUCUCAGUGCCAUGUUCUGGAUUCUGCAGAACAAGGUCUUUUUGGAGAACUCCAGCCUUUACCGUCUAUUGCCAUGAGCAGUACCUCGGCCUCUCUGGUGUCAUCUCAAGCUGAUCUCCCAGAUUUCCACCCUUCAGAUUCCAUGCAGAUGAGGCAUUGUUGCAGAGGUUACAAACAUGAGAUGCCAGCCACCACCUUGCCAGUACCUUCCUUAGGCAACCACCACACUUACUGUAACCUGCCUAUGACGCUACUCAAUGGACAGCUACCCCUUGCUAAUACUCUGAAUGAUUCCCAGGAAUUUCAUAGAAACAGUUCCCUACUACCUUUAUCAUCCAAGGAGCUUAGCUUCACCAGUGAUAUUUGGUAGUGAAAA